AUGAUACAGGCAAACAAUCAAGAGCUUCCUGUGCCUGGUGGAGUUUUGAUCGCUCGUGGAGCUACUGGAUGGGUGUACAAGAUCAAUAAUCGGAUUGCCUUGAAAAUUCCUCGUAAAGGUAGCCAUGAGGAGUUCGCCUGUGAAGUCAAGUUCUACAAUAUCCUCGAAUCACAUUCUCCGCCAUGUCCUGAUAUCUCCCGGAGUUUUUUGAGAGUUCCGAAGGGCAAUUUCAUGGCAUUUUGUAGUGGUGGUUCCUUGGAUCAACGUCUGCAGGAACACCAAACUCGGGGUGGAAAAUCUCAACAAUUCAAGAUUCUUGGAAUAAAUAAGUGUGAGCCCCUUCAUCUGGUUGAGCAAUGGGCUGCAGAACUUUCCAGUGCAGUUGCGUGGCUCGAAUCCCUUGGAUACUGUCAUACCGAUAUUCGGCCAGCAAAUCUACUUUUUGACGAGCAGGACCAUAUUAAACUUACGGAUUUUGAUUGUUGGGAGGAGGUUGGGAGUCCCGCACUUGGCAGUGCUCCUCCUUGGGCGCGUGUUCUAGGUCCUGAGGCAGGAAGCGAUUGCGGUUCAUUUGGAUAUAACGGAGCCCGCGUUGAGCAGUUUGCGAUAGGAUCAGUCCUAUACAUGAUGACUCGCGGUCAUGAACCGUACGAGGAUGGAACUUGUGCUCCUGAGGAGAGUUCCAACGUGGUCGAUCUUCUCCAACAAAUGAGAUUCCCAUCAUUAGGUGAAGGGGUUUUGGACAACAUUAUCGACCGCUGCUGGAACGGUGGAUAUCCGCUUUUGAAAGAUCUGGCCGAUGAGACUAAGCUCUUGAGUAGGGCUCACAACAUACCCCGCGCCGUUGCUCUAACGGAAGAAUACUGUAAAGAGAUUCAAGAAGAGUGUCAGCAGCUGAUUGAAAGUGGAUUACUUGAGGGGAUAAAGGAAGGAAGCUUACUUAUCUAA